CUAACUAGCGGAAGUGAAGUAAUGUAAUGGCGACCUAGUUGUUGUUGUUUCAGACCAAGAUGAGAACAGUAUUUUGGUCGCUGCUUUUGCUGGCAUCGCCUAUUUUACAGGUGUCGGCGGAUGUUUCAGACACAGUUUUACGAUGGUGUGUGACGAACAGGGCAGAAGAGACAAAAUGUAAUGCUUUUAUGGUGGCAGUAGCUUCACUGAAAGUCGAAGGUUUAUACACAGGGAAUGUUGUCCCAAUCUGUGUAUUGGGUUCUGAUAGCUUUGACUGUAUGAAGAAGAUCCAGAACAGUGAUGCUGAUGUCAUGGCCCUGGACACUGGUCAAGGAUACUUCGCUGGUCACCAGCACAACAUGAUGCCCUUCCUGGCCGAGAGCUACAGGGACCAAUCCAUCCACUACUAUUCUGUAGCUGUGGUCAGAUCUAAUGAUUUAUCCCUCACCAUCAACAACCUCAAGGGCAAACGAGUCUGCUUCCCGGGUAUUGGUAUGGGAGCUGGCUGGGUAUAUCCUAUGGGCCUUAUGUUGGAAGCCAACAUGAUUCCUAUACAGGAGUGUAAUGCUGUGGUCAAGUCAGUUACAGACUUCUUUGGGGACAUGUGUCUGCCCGGGGCGCUAUCAUCAUUCUACAAUCCGUUUGGUAACAACCCAACCUCCAUCUGUAAGCUUUGUACUGGAGUACUAGAAGAGAGGUGUUCGACCUCUGACCCGUACGCUGGAUAUGAUGGUGCCUUCAACUGUUUGAGGUCAGGACAAGGGGAUAUAGCUUUCCUCCGACAUGACACUGUGGAGAUGAUGCUUGUUAACAAUACAGAGCAGUUAACGGAUUACUCUCUGCUGUGUCAGGAUGGCAGUCGUAGGAGCCUGGAACAGUAUGAUCAGUGUAACUUCGGUCGGAUCAUAUCAAACAUGGUGAUGACGUCCAGCCUCAAACAAGACUCUGAUGUGGCCGCCUAUAAAAACUUCCUACUACAGGCAUCCAGCUGGUUUGGGCCUAAUGGACAAUACAGAAACCGUUUCACCAUGUUCAGUUCUCUGGAGUGGAAAUACUUUGGUCGAAGAGAUCUCAUGUUUUCUGAUGUGACUGAGGGAUUGGUUGAUGUAGGCCAAAACAAUACUUACUACAAAUGGGUUGAUCCUGAGUUCUAUAGAAAAGUGAGCAGUCUAAACUACUGUCCUUUGAACUCAGCACGUUGGUGUGUUAUCUCCAAAGAUGAAAAGUCCAAAUGUCAGAUCAUGUUGAUGGCAUUUGAAGCAAAAGACCUUCGACCUCGACUUGACUGUAUCCUUGGCUCCAACACUGAUAACUGCAUGUCGAUGAUCGCCAACGGUGACGCUGACCUCAUGAACCUUGACCCUGGUGACGUGUAUGUGGCUGGAAGGAAAUAUGGUUUGAAACCCAUAGCAUCAGAGGAUUAUGGGAACAUGAACUCCUCGUUUUACGUUGUUGCCGUGGCGAGGAAGAGAGACCACUACAUGACACUCUUCAACCUGAAAAAGAAGCGUGCCUGUUUACCUGGGAUAGGUAGAGGGGACGGAUGGAUCGUACCCGUCAAUAUCUUCAUUGAGACUGAGCAGUUUCUGCCUCAGCAUUGUACAAUCUUUGAAAAUCUUGGUCAGCUGUUUGUGCGAAGUUGUAUCCCUGGGGCUGUGGAUAAGUUAUACAACCCCACACAGACCCCAGUCAGUCUUGUAGAGGCCUGCGCCUCUGGAGGGGCCAAGAAGGGUCGACGUAACAGCGACGACUACUACUAUGGUGCAACAGGGGCAUUCAGAUGUCUUGUAGAGAAGGGAGGAGACAUAGCCUUUGUCCGUCAUUUGACCGUACGAGACAAUACUGACAGCAGAAAUCGGGCUAUCUGGGCGAGAAAUCGUCGUGCUGAUGACUAUGAGCUCAUGUGUAAAGAUGGAAGCCGUACCCAGAUUGACAACUGGAGAAACUGUCAUCUUGGCAAAGUACCGGCUAACGCUGUGGUAACAGCCCAAUACAAGUCUGAGGAGGAGAAACUUAUAUACUGGCAGCUAAUCAAUUAUGGACAACAGUUUUUCUCGUCGGACAUAAUCGGUGACUUCAAUAUGUUUGAUUCUGGGAAAUGGUCCUCAAAGUCAUGGUCUAGCGACCUCAUAUUCACGGAUGACGCAGUGCGACUGAUGAAGGUGGAACCAGAGAAACAGAACUAUAAGUCAUAUCUAGGACGCUCCUUCAUUAAUCAAAUAGAAAACCUACACAAAUAUACCUGUGUUCCAAUCAAAGAGGCUAGCUCAGCCUCAACGUGGUCAGCGUCGACAGCCAUACUAACACUCGCUGUCAUACUCCAACUUCUGCUCUGAAGGUCAUACCUGUGUUAACAUUUCAGUAUAACUGACUGAUUUCAAAUUCAGAACUUAUUACAUCCUGUUUCAAAUAAAAUACUAGGAUUUAUUUUUGGCAGUUUUUUGAAAAGUAACGAUGACAAAUAUUUCGUCAGUCAUAUAUUUCCUUUCUAACAUUAAAAUAAUAAUUAACAAUGAACCUAGAAACAACAAAGAUAUAAAAACACUGUUUAUAAUAAGUUAGCAAUGCCAGACAAAUUUUUAUAUCCGAAGAAGAAUUACACUAGCUUUUCCUCUGUUAGGUUGGUCUUCCAUGUAUUUUACGCAUCAAAUGUUUUAUUUGUUAAUGUUUGGUCAUGUUUUCGACUUAUCUAAUUUUAUCAAACGGUUUGAUUUAACCGGAGAAAAAACAGUGUUUUUAUUAUGAGAUAAUUAUUACAUUCCAUUUCAUAUAUAUCAAUGAUCAAAUCAGCUCAUUCAACUAUUUUUGUAAACAAGUGUCUGUAUAUUUGUCUGUGUAAAUAGUUGUAUACUUGUAAAUAUGUACAAAUUUCUAACCAGUGUCUACUUGAUCAUGUGCCAUUGCAAUAUUUUUGAGUUCUGUUUUAAAAGGGUACCUAUUAUUGGAUUACCUCCCCUUACUAUUACCCUCUGAUAAACUCCAGGGUUUCUCUAUAAUAACUUAUAAUUUAAGACAGAACAUUUGUUGGUUUAUUUCAUUAAAUAUAGCUCAGUUUAUAAUAAACCAGGGUUAAUUAUGUUGAUGUAUUCAAGUGCAAGUGUUCAAUCUUCUCGGUAUGAUAAUACAAAAAAUUGUUACAGAGACAAAAACUAUUUUCUAUUGUGUUACAAAUUAUGAAAAUAUAUACAUGUACCUGAUUUGUAUUCUGGACAUAUCACAGUGGCCAUCUUGAUUAGGAUAUCUUUUAUGAAUACAAGAUUGUUGUAUGUAUAAGAAUUAUAGGUGAACAGGACACAAUAUGAAUAUGGCAGUUAAAUAAAUCUCUAAAUUGAAGUACAAAAAAACAUUCAAAGUGAUUAAAUCAGGGAAAAUAUUUCUUGUAACAUUAAUGUUUGAGUUAUCCUGUUUGGGGCUUCAUUGACAAUAACACGUUGUACCAUACACUCUGCCAUUAUUGGGUCCUGUUGGUAGUCCCUCUCUGUACAGAUAUGUUAACACUUAUACAUAGAUCAUUUCUGUACAUCUUCACUGAUAAAAACACUAAGCUUCAUCAUAUACCAUCAUUGUAUAUAUAUGUUCAUCUUGAAUCUUGAGAAGUGUAUGAAUUAUGGUUGUAGCAUUUGUGAUAAUGGGAGAUCUUAAUUAUAAUAAUCAUUAUGGGAGAAAGAAACUGUUUAUUUACUCUAUAAUUAUAAAGAGCACUUACACAGAUCCAGGAACAAGUUGUAAUAAAUUACGUAUUAUCAUCUGGGUUCAUAUAGCAUGAAAUGUUUACAGAUAGUAUGAUAUACCGGGAUCAUUAUAUGUGGAGUAUUUUACUAGAGUUACCUCCCCUCGUAUUGAAUCUUUCACAUAAAAUGUGAUUCUGGUGUACUGCUUUAAUAGGUAGCCAAAUAAUAAAAUGGAACUGCAUUAGGAGUUGGCAGGAAUUGUUGCUAGUUUUGAUAUGACAUUAAAACAGCCAUACAUGGCAUUUCAGUUAACAUAUAGACAAUAUUCUAUUACAUGGGAUGAAGGGUUAUUUGAAAUAUCCCCAAAAAAACGUCUUUUCAACUGAUAUGUUAGAGUUGAAUUCCUCAUUUAUGUUGGGUUAUUUAUUUCUGUAACUUUAGAAGCAGGAAAUGAUAUUGAGAUGUGAUGUUAAGUGUUUUCAUGUUAGACUCUAGAAAAUGACACAAAACUCCAGAAUCAGUCCAGAAUCGGUCCAGAAUCAGUCCAGAAUCAAGUUUGCUGAAACUAACAGUGUAUUAACACAAUAUCAAUUGUUUAAAUAUAAGAUAUUUUAAGUGUGACAAUGGGGGCAAAAUUAUGCAUUUCUAUGAAAUUUCUUUAAAUAAGGUUCUGGAUGAAAAGGAUUUUUUGAUUCAAUAGAUGUAACUUAAUUCUCACCAGCAGUGAUUAUAACUAGUAAGUGCUUAUGUAUAUAAUAAUGUGUGAUUGAUUGUAAAGAGUCUAUAAAUCAUCAAAGCAGUGUCUAGAAAAUCUGUAUAUAGAUCAUAACAAUAAAUUUGUACCAUUAAAGAAUUUUUAAUAAAAUAUUUUGAUAUCUAUAAAAA